AUGGCGGCACGCCGGCACCCUCUGUGUUUUGUGGGACAGGAGCAGGCGCACGGACGUCGGACAAAGGGCGCUGCGCCCACUUGGGGCGGCUGGCCCGGCCGGGUUCACCGGCCAGGGGACAGAUGGGAUAGCCGUCCCUCUGCUACUGGGCAGCAGCCUGCAGGUUUUCACUGCCGAGGAACACAGAUGCGAAACGCUUGCCACUGCCGUCCACUCGAACUCGGGCACUCCGACAAACCACGCACCAGCACGGCAAGCACACAGGUUUUUAGCACCCCUGCUCCAGCGUGGUGGACGAUCAGGGAUGACCAAACGGCACCAGAUCCUCUGCGUGGUCGAAGUGAUUCCCAGCAGGCAACAACGCAUGCUCACGCUGAGCCGGCAAGCUUGAACUGUCUGCACGUCAUGUCAAGCUACGAUGCCACCGCGCACAGAGAAUCCCAACGGAUGGCGAAGCGGCAGGCUGUGUCCUUGCGGCCGCGGCGGUGCAGAACAGCAGAAGGCGUGAGGUGGAGCGAGCGGCGGAGCACGUGGAGGGCAUCGGCCGACAUGCGAGGUGGCCAAGCGCCGCGGCAUGGUGUUGGUGGUGGAGAGCACGCUUCGGCGGGGGCGCUCGGCAGCGCGACUUGGGCGGGGGCUGGGACAGGGGCGAGGGCGGGAGUGGUGGCCGCGGCGGAGGCGCGGCGCGAGCCUGUGGGAAGAGUAGCGUCGAAACCUCCCGCCGAGGCGGCGUUCGGCAGCUCGGCCUGGGAGGGGGCUAGGACGGGGAUGGCGCUCGGCGGGGACGGGAGCGGCGGCGGCGCGGCACGGGGCUGCGGGAGGAGCGUCGGGACUCGGGACUGCGAGGGAGCACAGGGGGAGGACGGGGUCGACGCUCGAGAAGGUUCUGGGAUUUCGGGUUCGCAACGAAAUUGGGCGGAGACCGAUUCGACCAGUAAUCGGACGGACCACAUCGCUUCGUCGCUUGAAAUGGGUUAG